CUUCAUGAGAAGCACAUCAUCCGGUAGAAUAAGAACAACCCAUUGUGCAAGAGAUCAAAAGUCGAGCGGAGAUCCUAUAUCGCUCCGAUGGCCUUCUGAUGCUGAUCUUGCGUGGGACGAAAGAGGUCUCCACUUCGUCAGAAAUUCACCAGAUCUAAAAAGAAACUGAUUCUCUUUUCGUCUCUUUCCAUUCUUCGUUUUUGUUUAUUUUGGGAUUUCAAUGUUUUUCGCAAUAUUUUUACGCAUUUUCUCUUCUAUCUAAUUCGAAACAGGGAAACGAGACGCCUCUUCUUAUUAAUAGUAGAGACGCGAAUCCGACAAAAUGCCGGCUGUUCAGUUUCAGUCCCAGAACUUUCAGCACAUCUUGCGUAUGUGCAACACCAACGUCGAUGGUCGGCAGAAGGUCAUGUACGCCCUGACCUCCAUCAAGGGUACUUCUAAAUUUCCUUUGUAGAGAAAAAAAAGCCGCUUGAAAACAUGAUGUAUGUAUCGCACGUGGCGAGAAUCACGCAUCACCCGAUUCGAGACGACCUUGCGAUAUAUCAAAUGACGCGCACAGAGAUGUCAAGAUAAAACUAAAGAAUGACUAGCUUUACCAUCUCCUAGAAAACCUAAGAAGACUUAAUCAACAAAUCCUUUUUUUAUCUAGGUAUCGGCCGUCGCAUGGCAAACUUGAUUUGCAAGAAGUGCGAUAUCGACCUGAACAAGCGUGCCGGUGAAUUGACGACCGAUGACGUCAACAAGAUCGUCGCUGUGAUGACCAACCCGCUUCAGUUUAAGGUUCCGUCUUGGUUCUUGAACAGACGUAAGGAUAUCAAGGACGGAAAGUCGGUCCACCACUCCACAAACAACUUGGAUGGUGCCCUCCGUAUGGAUCUCGAGCGGAUGAAGCGCUGCCGUCACCACAGAGGUCUCCGUCACUUCUGGGGCCUCAAGGUAACGUUUUUAUACGUCUCAAGAAACCUUCGUUCAUAUGCAAGUACGGAAUUGAACGUUCAGCCUAGAACCAUCUGCUUUGUACUUCUGACAGAAAAUCGUGAAAACCUUCGUUCAGCACCUCUUCAAAAGAACAAGCACCGCGUCCUUUGAAGAACGAAUCAUACAGUCUUCUUAACACUCAUCCUUGUUCUUUCAAAUCCAUAUUGCAGGUGCGUGGUCAGCACACCAAGACUACUGGUCGUGGUCGUUACUUUGCCAUGAUGGCUAAGAUGUCAAAGGGCGGCAUGAGCAUGGGCGGCGGCGGCGGCGGCAAGGGCAAGAAGUAAACAGCCACCGGCUUUCUAGUUGUCUGUGGAUUUUUUACUGGCUGACGGUCGUUGCUGGAUGCGAAGGAAAAUAUUGCUGUGAGCUCUUUUUGGCGAUUCGAGCACCGGUCGUCCGCAGGCUGAGCCUUUCAGCUGACGUCAAAAUGUGCGCGUAGCUGCAGACGAAGCUUUGUUUUUUGACUUGAUUGGGUUGCCAAAGCUAUGAGUGGGUUUUCCCUUGAGAUGUCGCGCAUGACUAAUUGCAGUGAUGGGAAGCCUCAUCUUUUAAGUGGGCAUCCACUGAAACAUGAAGUCGGGCUUUAGAUCUGAUCAGUAUCGUGCAUGUCAUUCGUGGGUUCGCAAAAAAAAAACUUGUGCUAGAUGGAGGGGAGUGCCAGGGCAAGAUGCAGAAUGGACGGUGUUCGAUGCUCUCUACCUGUCCAUAUGCAAUGUCAGAAUCUGUCAUAUCGACGUCUCUGUCACAGGCACUGCGAGGACUGUUAUUAUUGCUUGGCAAAUAACAUGCAACUAAUGUUGUCCACACAAAACAUUUUCAGUAAAGUCUGAUUCGGAUCGC